AUGUUGGCACAGAGGUGGAACCACCUCGUUGCACCAGGUAUCUGGGGUUUAACCAUCUUUUUAGUGGCAACUGCAGAGGUUCAAGUUAACCACAAUAUCCCAUAUUGUGUACCAGGACCCCAAGGUCCUCCUGGACUCAGUGGAAACCCUGGUCAGAAUGGAUUCAAUGGAGAAAAGGGAGAGAAGGGGGACCCUGGAGAACAAGGUGCUGCUGGAUCUCCUGGAAUCCCAGGGUUUCCUGGAAAACAUGGACCAACUGGACCAAAAGGUGAACGUGGAGACAACGGUACUCCUGGUCUUCCUGGGUUGUGCCAACCACAAAUGAAAUCUGGUUUUGCAGCACAGUUGGGGGCAAAUUAUCCAGUUCCUAAUGUGCCCAUUGCGUUUCAUAACAUAAUUUACAAUGAACAACAACACUUUGAUGCAGCUACAGGAGUCUUCACCUGCCAAAUCCCAGGAGUCUAUUUCUUUGGCUACAAUAUGGAGUCAACCAGGAAUUCAAAUAUCAUCCUAGUGAAAAAUGGUCAAGCAGUGGUGGCAACCUACCAGAUUACCCUAACUGGUUAUGAAAACCUAUCUGGAAGUACAAUAAUUAGAUUGGAGGAAGGUGAUAAGGUGUGGUUAGAAGUAAAACCAGAUUACAAUGGAAUAACACACACCAGUUACUUCUUGGGUUAUCUUAUAUUUGUGUCGUAG